AUGUUUUAUGAAUCUGUGAGGUGCUGUGGAGACAAGGAAACAACAGUAAGUGAUGAGGAAGCUUCAAGUGAUGAGGAUGUUGAAGAAUCCGAUGACCAGCAUGAUGAAGAAAAUAGAGAAGGUGUUCCUUCACCUAGCUCAAAACCUGCUGUGUCUGGGUUUCAACCUCAAUAUGGUAAUGAAAUAUUUGUGUUUUCCACAAUGCCCAAAAUGUAUUCUCAAAAGGAUAUCCUCGAUGCUGUGGGUGCGGUAAGACAUGGGAUGUCGUACCGGAAAGCUUCUAGCAAAAUCGGUGUCCCAGUCAUGACCAUCCAAAACCGGAUCAGCGGCAACGUCGACGAAUUGGCACAAGCUGGGCGACCCACAGUCAUACCAACCGAAGUUGAGGGAUUUGGAAUAACCAGACGAAUGUUGCAGGUGAAGAUUGGCAGAAUCGUCCGUAAGCUCAAAAUUAAGUCCCCAUUUAGAAAUGGCGUUCCUGGCAAGGAUUGGAUUGCUGGAUUUUUGAAGAGGCACCCAGACGACAAGCCUGUUCGCAUCUGGAACAUUGAUGAAACCAGCGUUCCACUUCUGCACAAGCCUGCUAGGGUGCUUGGGCCGUCCGGUGCGAAAAAUAUUCCCGGAAGGGUUGGGAAUAAGCGGGAAAAUGUCUCUGUCCUGGCCUGUGUUAACGCUGCUGGAGGCGAGAUCCCCCCUCUGGUUAUUGUAAAGGGAAAAACGUACAAAAGUUUGUUAUCUUACAAUACUGAGGACGGAGUUUCCGGCAGCGUUUACACAUUCCAGGAACGAGCUUGGAUGGAGGAUACAUUCGGUGAGAUCUGGUUUCGGGGCCAUUUUCUUAAACACUGUGGUCCAGCGAGGCCCCAGCUUAUAAUUGUGGACUCUCACUCUUCCCACGAGACACUUGGUCUCAUAGACGCUGCUAUAGCUAACGAUGUCCAUCUCUUAGCGUUUCCACCCCACACAACCCAGUGGUUGUGUCCUUAG